AUGUCUUUGGGUGGUGCUAAGAACAGGCAAAAUGUUAGUAUUUUGUCCUCUUUCACUGAACACCGAGAAUGUGUUCCAAAAAACGUAAAAUUUGUUAAAUCAUACAACUCAGCACAUUUUGCAUACCUUACUAUGAAAAUAGGAGUGGUUUGCCAUUUUAGUAAAAAUGGCUUUAUACUUCUGAAAUAUUUGUUUUUGAAUUAG